AUCUGCUACAAAUGUGUUAUGAGUUAUGACUUAUGCCCCUAAAUGAUAAAUAUUUCUCGAUUAUCGUUGUAAACGUGAGUCAUGAGUGUCGUAUAUUUUUUUAUUAGACUUUGAAGUGUUUUCAAUAUAGUUUUAAUUCUAUUAAAAUGGCCAACUUCACGUCACCGAUGCCGUCCAGGGAAUUCCUAUGGGACGUAUUCCAAAAGGUGGACAAAGAUCGAAGUGGUUUUAUUUCGGCUGAUGAACUGCAGAUGGCACUGUCCAACGGUACAUGGACGCCGUUCAACCCAGAAACAGUACGUCUAAUGAUUAGUAUGUUCGACAAACACAACAGAGGAACAGUUUCCUUUGAUGACUUUGGGGCGCUUUGGAAGUAUGUUACCGACUGGCAAGCAUGUUUUCGAUCAUUUGACCGCGAUGGCUCGGGUAAUAUCAAUGUCGUAGAGCUAAAAGACGCGUUGACUUCAUUUGGGUACAGACUCAGUGAGACAGUCGUAUCAGUUAUGCUCAAGAAAUUUGAUAGAUUCGGACGUGGUACUAUACUAUUUGAUGAUUUUAUACAAUGUUGUGUUGUGUUACAUACGUUAACAGCUGCAUUCCGUCAAUACGAUACUGAUCAAGAUGGUUAUAUAACUAUACAUUACGAACAAUUUUUGAACAUGGUAUUUGGUUUAAAAAUAUAAUAUUCUAUUGAAAUAUUAGUCUUAAGUAUUUCCUAUUUUAAAGAUGAAGCCAUAAAAAGGUAAUGAAAACGUUAGUAAUUGCCGUCAAUUAAUUAUGAGAAUAUUAUUAAGUUUUUUACUUGUUACUAAUAUUUAACUUGAUAAACAUAUGAAUUUAUUAUGUGAUUGUGAUAUUUAAAAUAUUCAAAAUUUGUAUUAUUGUUACCUCUUAUUUAAUUAUUAACUA